GAGUAUAUGAAAAUUGCUUCCUUUAAUUUGAAUUACAACAUGCCUUUUAUAGGCGUAUAACAAAUCGUAACCGCUACCGAUUAUAAUGACUAAUUAACUACAAAAUUAAUACGGAAUUAAAUACAUUACUAAACAUCACAUUAAUUGCUUGACUGUUACUCUUCCUGACUGACAGGUCGGCCGGGCUGGUAGGCAGGCUCUAGGUUGUGGGCUUGGGACCCACGGUCCAAGUUCGGGACAUGUGCCGAUUAGUCUCUGGGCCUAGUCCCAUAGUUCCAUCAGAUAGGGAUCCUCGGAGCUGCAUUUUAUGACCUUAAACUUCUUGAAUGAGUGGUAUUUGUUGAACCAGAACACUGCAAAUAGUGCAGCCUGGCCCGGAAUCUGACUCUACAACAGUCAAAUAAUGGGGUGAUCUGUAAGGUUUAUGCUGCGGUUUUCCCGAUUCAGGAAAGGCCUACUUUGUAGUUGUCAUUUUUUCGACAAAUGGAGAUUUUAUUGCAGCUUAGAAUGGUCCUCUCCGGUGUACCAAUGAUCCACACACGGGGGAAGCAUUGACAGUAAAAGAAGCUUUCUCUUGGAUGAAGAAUGAAAACGAAACAUAUUCAGGUGGAGACGGGAUGCGUUAAUGUGUGUCAUCUUAUCAACUCUCCUCCUACUCAAGACUUAUCUUACGCGGCAUCUCCUAAAGUACAACAAUGGGAAUUCUCGAUCACCUUUACGACAAAUUCGAUUGCACCACUGGCCGCUCCCGCCGCUACAAGAACCGCAGGCAACUCCAGACGGUGGAGAUAAGAGUGAAGAUGGACUGUGAAGGGUGCGAGAGGAAAGUGAGGAGGUCUGUGGAGGGGAUGAAGGGAGUGAGCUCAAUCCAGGUGGAGCCGAAGCAGCACAAGCUCACCGUUGUCGGUUACGUGGACGCUGACAAAGUGGUGGCUCGAGUGGCAUACCGGACAGGGAAGAAGGUAGAGAUCUGGCCGUAUGUCCCGUACGGAGUCGUGGCACAUCCCUAUGCCCAGGGGGUGUACGACAAAAAGGCUCCGGCCGGGUAUGUCCGGAGGGCAGAGGAUCCGCAGGUGUACCAGCUAGCGCGCGCCUCUUCCACUGAAGUUCAAUACACCACUGCAUUCAGUGAUGAUAACCCAGCUGCCUGUGCUAUCAUGUGAUGGAAUCAUGGAAUAAUGUUCUACUCAUCAGUAAUUUACAUACUAGAGUAUAUGACAUAACCCCAGCCAGCUAUCAUUCUUGGAUCAGAUGUGUUUUAUUUCAUACUUAUCUUUGAUUUAGUUCGUUUUCUUUUCAUAGUUUUAGUACUGAGGAGAAAUAGUAGUUGUGACAAAACAAACUCCUAACUACGAGUAGUUUGUUUAAAAUAGUGAUCAGUUUUGUAACGGUUGAAAUUGACAACAUACCUCCCAUCUG